AUGGCUUCGGCGGUGCCCGAGACGGAGAUCAGGGAGGUGUUCAAGCUCUUCGAUUCGGAGGGCGGCGGCAUCAAAAUCAAGGAGAUCGGGACGGUGAUGCGCAGUCUCGGCAUAGCAUGCCCUGAGGCAAUGCUCAGGGUGUUUAACGAGGAGGCGACGAAGAGAGGGAGCACCUGCUCGUUUGGGGACUUCCUGGCGUACUUCAGGCGCGCCGAGGCAGAAGAGGUGAACAACGCCACGGACGUUGCCAAGGAGAUGCAGGGCCUCAAGACCGGGCUGAACCGCUACUACGAGAAGAUGUCCAUCAAGCAGGCCAAGGAGGCUGGCCCAGACAUGGUCAAGCUCGCGGACCUCAAGCAUGUCAUGUCCAUCAUGGGCGAGAAGUUGUCGGAGGAGGAGGUCGAGGAGAUGGCCCGCGACAUCCGGACCACCUGCAAGGUGGAGGAUGGGCGCGUGAGCUUCGACGAUUUCGUGAACUUGUGCAAGGGGUGA